AAUAAAUAAUACUUACCAAAUCUGAAAACUUUUCUAUAAAUAAUUCCCAGGAGCAUCCUUGUCGUUUGGGUUCUCACGCUCACUCUCGCCCUCGCUCUUCUCUUUUUCUUCCUAUUUCCAAUUUCACCUUCUCACGUCACUGCUCAAAAUAUACCGAGAAAGACAGAGGUUUGAGUCCAAAGAUGGGGAAAUAUUCAACACCAUUGUUGGGUUUUAUGCUUUUAUGCUGUCUUUCAUUUGUUACCGAAGCCAAAUACUUGAAAUACAAGGACCCCAAACAGCCACUGGGCGCUAGGAUAAGAGACUUGAUGAGCAGAAUGACUCUUGCUGAAAAAAUCGGUCAAAUGGUACAGAUCGAGCGCAGUGUUGCAACCGCAGAUGUCAUGAAAAAGUACUACAUUGGGAGUGUGUUGAGUGGCGGGGGAAGUGUACCAGCUGAAAAAGCUACUGCGGAGACUUGGGUGAACAUGGUGAAUGAUUUACAGAAAGGGUCCCUAUCAACUCGUCUUGGGAUCCCCAUGAUUUACGGGAUUGAUGCUGUUCAUGGUCACAACAAUGUCUACAAUGCUACCAUUUUCCCUCAUAAUGUUGGACUUGGAGUUACCAGGGACCCUCAACUUAUCAAGAAAAUUGGAGAUGCAACUGCUCUUGAAGUUAGAGCUACAGGAAUCCCUUAUGCUUUUGCUCCAUGUAUCGCGGUUUGCAGAGAUCCGAGAUGGGGUCGUUGCUAUGAAAGCUACAGUGAAGAUCAUAAGAUUGUUCAAGCAAUGACAGAAAUUAUACCUGGUUUACAAGGAGAUCUUCCUGCAAAUUCUAAAAAGGGUGUUCCCUUUGUUUCUGGAAAGAAAAAAGUUGCAGCCUGUGCCAAGCACUAUGUGGGAGAUGGUGGCACGACAAAGGGCAUCAAUGAGAACAACACUGUGAUUGAUUAUCAUGGAUUACUUAGCAUCCACAUGCCGGCAUACCAUAAUUCUAUCAGCAAGGGUGUUGCAACAGUAAUGAUUUCGUACUCAAGCUGGAAUGGAAAGAAGAUGCAUGCCAACCAUGAUCUUAUCACUGGAUUCCUCAAGAACAAGCUCAAGUUCAGGGGCUUCGUCAUAUCAGAUUGGCAGGGUAUUGACAGAAUUACUUCUCCUCCCAAUGCUAACUAUUCGUAUUCUGUUCAAGCUGGAGUUAGUGCUGGAAUUGACAUGAUCAUGGUACCCUAUAAGUUCACAGAGUUCAUUGAUGAUCUAACCUAUCAGGUAAAGAAUAACAUCAUCCCCAUGAGCAGAAUUGAUGACGCUGUUCAGAGAAUAUUGAGGGUUAAAUUUGUCAUGGGACUCUUUGAGGAUCCGCUGGCAGAUCUCAGUCUGACCAAUCAACUUGGGAGUCAGCAACAUAGAGAAUUAGCAAGGGAAGCAGUAAGGAAAUCACUCGUGCUACUAAAGAAUGGUGAAUCUGCAGAUAAGACUUUGCUUCCACUUCCCAAAAAGGCAGAAAAGAUAUUGGUUGCAGGAAGUCAUGCUGACAACUUGGGCUAUCAAUGUGGUGGCUGGACAAUUACAUGGCAGGGUCUUGGUGGCAAUAAUCUCACAACUGGUACCACCAUCCUAAAUGCUGUGAAAAAUACUGUUGAUUCAACUACCAAAGUUGUCUACAACGAGAAUCCAGAUUCAAACUUUGUAAAGUCCAACGACUUCUCCUAUGCUAUUGUUGUCGUUGGUGAGCAUCCAUAUGCAGAAACAUUUGGUGAUAGCUUAAAUCUGACCAUUUCUGAACCUGGUCCAAGCACCAUAGGAAAUGUGUGUGGAGCUGUCAAAUGUGUUGUUGUCAUCAUAUCUGGCCGUCCUGUUGUUAUCCAGCCCUACCUAGCACAAAUGGACGCACUUGUGGCUGCAUGGCUUCCGGGAACUGAAGGCCAAGGUGUUGCUGAUGUUCUGUUUGGUGACUAUGGAUUCACUGGCAAGCUUGCACGUACAUGGUUCAAGACAGUCGAUCAACUUCCGAUGAAUGUUGGAGAUGCACAUUAUGAUCCUUUGUUUCCAUUUGAGUUUGGUCUGAUGACUGAACCUACCAAGGAUAACUAGAAUCCGUUCAGCAGUGAGCAGUCAUCAUUUUCUUAUUCUUCUUUGUCAAAACAUUCAAGGGUAUUUUUUUGAGAUGUAUCAUUCUUGAGAAUUCAUGUGAUUUAGACACAGUUUGGGUUGUAAGACAGCUGAGUACCUGAUGAAAUGAUUGAAAAAUCUCCAAAAA